UAUGUGCUGCUCAGGUGACCGAGUGAAGAAGAAGUCCGUUACUACGCAACGGCCCUAACGCUCAUGGCUUCCUUGAAACUGUGUUCUGGUUCUGAUCUGUUCCUUAGCAUCAUGGUGGUUCACUCUUCAAACAGAAAGCUUCCAGAUCAUUGAUGUAACGAGGCUUUAUAGCUGUUUAUCCAUCAAUGAACACGGGAGCAGGUGUCUGGAGACUCGGACCCAGACGGUAAAGUUUAGCUGACCAAGCUCGACCCCUAUCAGUUUAAUCUUUUGGUUACCUUCACAUCAUCAAUGGCAGAAAGCUGGAAUACAGACACGAGUGAGGCUGUGUACCGAUCGAGGGAUGCUAUCAAAAACCUCAGGAUAUCGGUGCGUGUGGAGAGGGUGACUUCCAGCGUGGUGCUGUCCCAGCAUCUCCAACAGACAGUGCUGUCCCAACAGAACCCAGGGGUCAUUGAGCUGGACACCCUGACCCCGCAGGCCCAAGCUGGAGAUAAUGUGGAAGAGCUUGUGGUGCAUUGGCAGGAGAAGCUUUUCAGCCAGAGUGAGAUGGAUCUCUUCCAAAGCGAGGCAGCAUGCCACAGUCCUCUGGAGAAGCAGUACCACACAGAGGUCAGGGCCCUCCUCCGGACCAAGGGUCGACGCAACCAGAGGGUCUUCACCUACACCGAACACGACCGCUUCACCAGCCUUCAGCAGCUGCACAGUGAAGACUCGGUGACCACAGCCCAGUCGGCCCCUACCUUCCUGGCUGAGAGGAUGUCCACGGUCAGAAACCGACGCCAGGAGAGACGCACCGUAGACUGCAGUGUUCCCCGGUCUAAGAUGAUUACCUGGGAGCCCUCGCACGACUUUGUGAAGAGCAGUCAUGUGGUGACCAACGCCAUGACAACCAUGCACAUCAUGGCUGACCUUGGACCUCCGGGCAGGUUGGGCCUCAAGGAGAAUGAGUGUCUUCUGUUCACUGUGAGGACGGACGGAAAUGGCGUUGUCCUCCUGAAACCAGACUUUAACAAAGGGAAGGAACCAUACAGGGUCGAGACCAACGGAGAGAAGAAAGAAGUGUGGCGUCUCACUCUGGACAACGUGUCGACGGCAAUGGCGGCGGAGGACAAGGAGAAGGAGCAGCACAUGUACAAAGAUCUAUACUCACGGCACAAAGACUACCUUAACAGCUUGGUUGGACAUGAUUUUGAAAUGCCACCACCAGGAGUCCUCCGUCUCAUGGUGAACGGGGAGAUCGUGUCUGCCCUGGGCUUUGAAUACGACAACCUGUACGUCCACUUCUUCAUGGAGCUGCCAAAUAAUUGGUCCACCUUGCCCUUCCAGCCUCUUUCAGGGGUGACCCAGACCUGCCGAACCAAGACCAUAGGGAAGGAAAGCGUGGCUCUCUUCAGUUACCCUUUCAGUUUCGAGGCGUUCCACCUGAGGGAGAACGAGAGCCAAGAAUCCCUUCCCCAGUGGCCGGUGCUGUACUUCAAGGUGCUGUCGCUGGACUACUGGCAGCGCUACCGGACGGAGGGCUACGGCUAUCUGGUGUUCCCCGCCACUCCUGGUAAGCAUGUAGUGACGUGCCACACGUGGCGCCCCCUGCAGACGGGCACUGUGUCGGGGCUGAGGCGCUUCUUCAUCGGGGGGUCUCCUGAGCUGGAGGACCACAGCUAUGUCCGGGUCCCAGGAACCUUCAAAGGGGACCGACUGAGUCGAUUUGGAUUCUGUACUGAAACUACAGGAAGUCUAGUCUUUAACCUCCACUGUCUCCAGCACGCCAGGGCAUUCGUUGACGCCAGAGAUCUAAGGAAGAAGAGACAAAGUGUGGUGGACCAGUUGGGGGGCUUCAGCCAGCAAGGAGCCGUCUACAACAUCAUGGAGGCAUUCCAGAGGGCCAGGAGACGCAUGCAGGAGGCCCGGGAGAGCCUACCUGGGGAUCUCAUCAACACCAGCGCCCAGACCCAGUCCAUGAUGUAGACCAGACCCAGGCUGGAGACCAGAACCUGGCUGACGCCACGUAUAGACAACACCCAGGCUGUAGACCACGACGUAGACACAACCCAGGCUGUAGACACGACCCAGGCUGAGUCAACGACGUAGACUAGACCCAGACCCAGUCCACCAGGUAGACCAGACCCGGACCCAGUCCACGAGGUAGACCAGACUCAGGCAACGACGUAGACGAGACCCACACCCAGUCCACAACGAAGACCAGAUCCAGGCUGUACACCAGACCCUGACGCGUAGACCAGACCCAGAGCCAGGCUGAGUCCUGACGCAGACGCUCACUGUAGCUGUGUAGCGAUGCUUUGUGGAGGUGGAACAGGUUUUGUGUUUGGGACUUUCCAUACUUUGAUAUUUGUGUUUGCGUUGGAUUUGAAGCUUUUUUUGGAUUUUAUUCUGGUCAAAUUGUUGAAAAUGUUAAGCCAUUAUAAAAAACUAGACCUUGACUAGCGUCUGGAGUUUAAAGACAUAUUGCCUUUGUUAGACCUGUCCUGUGAAAUCUGGAACAAGCUUUAGAGACAUUACAGUAUGUAAGUAUUACGGAAACUAUGAGAAACCCUUUUUCACAAAGAUGCUAUCAAUUCCUUGGUCAACUUUCUGUGGUGAUGGGCAUCAAAAAACUUUGUAAAGAUAUAAACAAUUUUAUAAAUCAACUUAAUUUUUACACUAUGUUACUUAUUUGACUUGAUUUAUUCGAAUGUUUCUGAAUAUGUAUUGUGUAUUUGGAUCACUGGAUCUGGUGUGAGUACAUCUAAAUAAAAUAUGCAUAAAUAAAUA